AUGGACUUCCUACCACUGCUUCAUCUUAUUCUCAUCAUCACCACUUGCGUUGCUUCUUUUGGGCAGCCACUUUGCCAUAAUGAUGACAACGUUUCCUUGUUAGAGUUCAAGAAAAGCUUUAAUUUAGACAAGUUUGCUUCUAUAAAUCCUUUUGCAUAUCCCAAAGUUUCAUCUUGGAGACUAGAAGAGAAUGGAGAUUGCUGCUCAUGGGAUGGCGUGGGGUGCGAUACUGACACCGGUCGUGUCGUUGCUCUAGACCUCAGCAGUAGUUUCCUUCAUGGUUCUAUAAACUCCACCAGCACGCUCUUCAACCUUUCUCAACUUCAACGGCUUAACCUUGCUGAUAAUGAUUUUAACUUCUCUCAUAUCCCUUCUGCAAUGGGUCAUCUUUCAAGGUUAACAUAUCUCAAUCUUUCUCAUUCAUCUUUUUAUGGUCAAGUUCCAUUUGAGAUCUCAGGACUCUCAAAUCUGUCUUUCCUUGAUCUAUCUUACAAUGAUUUGGAAUUGAAGAGUCCAAAUUUGAGUAGGUUGGUUGGAAAUUUAAUAAACCUGAAACAACUUCAUCUUACUUAUGUUGGCGUAUCCUCCACAGUGCCUAGCUUUUUGGCAAAUUUCUCUUCAUCAACAUCCUUACUUCUAAGUGAUUGCGGAUUGCAAGGUUAUCUACCUGAAUUUCACUCUAAUAGUUCUUUGGAGGUAUUGCUACUUCACAACACAAGUUUUUCUAGAAAAAUACCCUCUUCCAUUGAAAACCUUCAUUUCCUGCGUCAGUUAGAUUUUGGAGCAUGUAGGUUUUCUGGGUUGGUUCCAUCUUCGCUCCGUAAAAUAACCAGGCUUACUUCUUUGGACCUCUCAGGAAAUAAUUUUGAGGUAAAUCAAUUUCCUUCUUUUCUUCAAAACCUCACCCAGCUCACCAAGUUACGUCUAAAAGAAUGUCAGUUAACUGGUGAAAUUCCAGGUUGGCUUGGAAAACUAACCCGAUUAACUGAUCUUGGACUUUAUUCAAAUAACUUGCAUGGCCAUAUCCCAUCAUCCCUUGGCAAACUAACUAGGCUUACCGAUUUGAACCUCGCAGCAAACAAUUUUGAGGGUCAAAUCCCUUCUUUUCUUCAAAACCUAACCCAACUCUCUGUGUUAUGGAUUGGUGACAAUCAAUUCACUGGUGAAAUUCCAUCUUGGUUGGAAACCUUUACCCUUUUAACUCAUUUAAAUCUUGGAAUGAAUAAACUGCAUGGUCUUAUCCCAUCUUCCCUUGAUAGACUAACUAGCCUCACUUAUUUGGACUUUCAAAUGAACAAUUUGACGGGUCAAAUCCCUUCUUUUAUUCAAAACCUCACAAACCUUACAUACCUUUCUCUUCAAGACAACGAAUUGAGUGGCACACUGUACUUUGACGUGUUUCUUGGCUUGAAAAAUUUAGAGUCACUUUUAUUAGGGCGUAACAAGUUAUCCAUACUUGUUCAAACUAGCAAUAUGAAUGCAACUGUUCCAAGGUUCCGAAGUUUAGACUUGGCUUCAUGCAAUUUAACCGAAUUCCCUUAUUUUGUAAGGUAUCAACAUAGAUUAGAGUGGUUGGUUUUGCAUGGAAACAAGAUACAUGGUCAAAUACCUAAAUGGAUAUGGAACCUGAAAAUGCAGAUUAUGGCCAAUGUCGACAUUUCUGACAACUACUUGACAGGCUUUGAACAAACUCCAGUUUUCAUCGCUUGGGUUCACUUGAUCAGCUUAGAUCUUUCAUUCAACAAACUAAAAGGCCAGUUACCAAUUCCUCCACCAUCCACCAUUGAGUACCAUGUCUCAAAUAACAAACUGAGUGGACAAAUUUCACCCUUCUUUUGCAAUCUGAGUUCGCUUCUAGUGCUUGAUUUGUCAAAUAACCAGUUGACUAGUAAGCUUCCAAAAUGUUUGGAAAAUUUCAGGAACACUUUACUGGUCUUGAAUAUGAGUAACAACCAUUUUCGUGGUAGCAUUCCCCAAAUGUGUGCAAAUGGAAGCAAUGUGAGAAUGAUUGAUCUAAGACACAAUCAGUUCCAAGGAAGUUUACCACAAAUGUUGGCCAAUUGUAUGACGCUUGAAGUUCUCAAUCUCGGGAAUAACCGAUUCAAUGAUGUUUUCUCUUCAUGGUUAGGGACUCUUCCAAACUUAAGGCUACUUAUACUGCAAUCUAACAAUCUUCAUGGAGUGAUUAGGGAACUUAGCUAUCCUGGGUUUUUUAGUCUCCAUGUUUUUGAUCUCUCCAAUAACAGUUUUGCAGGUAAAUUGUCAUCUGAAUUCUUAAAAAAUUUGGAGGCCAUGAGAUUUAAAGACCCUGCCAAUUCAUCGUAUCUGGUGGCAAACUUCAGUUUUGAUGUAAAGGCUGUAACAUGGAGCGAUGAAUUUGCUUACUCAAUAACCAUAACAAACAAAGGAAGGGUUAUGCUUUAUGAAAAGGUUCAAGAAGUUUUUGCAGUCAUUGACCUUUCAAGUAACAGAUUUGAAGGAUCAAUUCCAGAGAGUUUGGGGAUUUUACAAGGGCUUCAUGUCCUUAACCUUUCCAACAACAUUCGCACUGGUAAAAUCCCAUCAACCUUGGGAAAUAUAACGGAGCUUGAAUCACUUGAUCUUUCCAACAACAAGCUCUCAGGACAGAUCCCUCAGCAACUUGCACAAUUGACAUUUCUUAGUGUGUUUAAGGUUGCUCAUAACAAUCUCACUGGACCUAUACCCCAACUUAACCAGCUUAGCACAUUCGAUGUCAGUUCGUAUGAGGGGAACAUUGGAUUAUGCGGAAAUCCAUUGCCAAAAAAGUGUGAAAGUUCAGUACCACCUUCAGGCUUUGAAGAUGAACAAGAUGCAGAGUCCGCAUUGAAGUUUUAUUGGAUCACAAUCGUGCCGGCAUAUGUUAGUGGACUAGUAAUUGGAGUGGUUAUUGGGCAGAUAUAUGCAACCAAGAAGCAUGAUUGGUUUGUGAAGACCCUUGGCCAGUGGAAACAAAAACGCAGGAGGAGGAAGAUGCAGAGGUUUCCAUGGAGAUAUUGA